AUGCUUUCGCGUUAUAUCCUUCCGGCCGCCGCCAUCUUCGGUCUUGUGGCCGCUCAAACCACAUCCGACUGUAACCCGCUCAACGAGACCGACUGCAAGCCCAACCCAGCUUUCGGCACAAGCUAUCUCUGGAACUUCAACAGCACACCCACAAGCGACCACUGGGAUAAUCAUGUCGGUCGCGUCAUCUACGACGAGGAGAAUGGUGCCACCUUCACAGUCGCCAAGCAGGGCGACUCGCCCACUCUCCGCACCGCCUUCUACUUUUUCUUCGGCCGCACUGAGCUCAUCAUGAAGGCUGCUCCUGGAAUAGGCAUCAUUAGCUCCAUGAUGUGGCUGAGCGACGAUCUCGACGAGGUCGACUGGGAGAUUCUGGGAGCCAACGACACCCACGCCUCGACAAACUACUACGGAAAGGGUGUUGAGGACUUCACCAAGGCAGGAUGGCACUUUGUUAAGGACGGCAUGCAGGAGGAUUACCACAACUACACAACAACCUGGACAACGGAGGAGCUCAACUGGUAUAUCGACGGAGAGAACGUGCGAAAGGUUAUUGCUAAGGACGACAUGGAGAGCUACCCUCAGACACCCAUGAGACUCAGCCUUGGAAUCUGGGCCGCCGGUGACCCUACAAUGCCAGAAGGCACUCGGGCCUGGGCGGGUGGUGAUACCGACUACAGCAAGGGUCCUUACACCAUGCACGUCAAGAGUGUGUAUGUCGAAGACGCCAGCAGCGGAAAGGAGUACGUCUACGGCGACAAGUCAGGCAGCUGGGAGAGCAUCGAUAUCGUCAAGGGUAACUCAACCGCCUACGAAGCCAUCUACGCGGAGCCCGAGAAGACCACCGGCGAGAAGUGGCAGGCUCUCCCCGCCGGCACAAAGACUGGCAUCUACGCAGGCGGCAUCGGCGCCGCAGCCCUCGGCCUCGGAGCCCUAGGAUUCUACUUCUGGCGCCAGCGCGCCGCCGGUGCCAGCGAGGCCAAGCAGGCCGCCGCCGAGAACGCCGACCUCAUGUCCUACCGCGCGGGUGAGGACACGACGAACCAGGGCUUCGAGUACAGCGCUGCCAAGUGGUCCAAGGUUCCGAGUCAAGCGUCUUAG